AUGACCCUGAUCAGACGAAGGCGCUAUUUCCUCCGAUGGACGCGAAAGACGCGCUGGUUGCUGUUCGUCAGCCUUGCGCUCGCAGCAUACGGCAUCAUCAAACAUAUCCCCGCCCCUCCAAAGACGAAAAACAAUACGCGCGCAGAUCGACCGCCUCCUGAGCAUGAUGUCGAAGAUGUGCCUCGGUUUUUGUACCACUCGUCUUUUCGCGAGGAUCCAGAUCUGGUCUACGAGGGGGAGCUGUCCGCAGCCCUACAGGCAGUAGAGCAGUCGGUGUCUUCUGCGCCUCCAUACAGCAGAAGAGACAAUGGAGAGCAGUCUAUCUGGCAGAUACUGCUAGGGAACAAGCCAAACCUCCAGCGAGGCGACGACUCUAUUCGCCUGGAGCGCGCGAACCCAGACUGGGUCUACAACCUCGUCACGAACACAGAAGCAACAGAAUUCAUCACCACCCUCUCACGCACAAUCCCCAACCUCCACGAAAUCUACCACGCCUACCCGCGCGAGGUCCUCCGCGCCGACCUCCUCCGCUACCUCCUCCUCUGGUACCACGGCGGCUUCUACGCCGACAUGGACGUCUUCCCCGCGCGGUCCAUCAACGCCUGCCCCUCCCUACAGCCUUUCCUAGACCCUCCCAGCAGCAACAACAACAUCUCGCUCAUCGUCGGCAUCGAGAUCGACGAGCCCUACGCCUCUCCCCAACUCAUGCGCAACUGGCACUGGAGCCGCAGCUACGGCUUCACCCAGUACGCCAUGUACGCGCCGCAGCGAUUCAGCCCGCUCUUACGGCGUGUUAUCGUGCGCGCCCUGGCGCAUGCCAGACGGCAGAACGAGCGGCACCGCUGGGGGCUACGGUCAUUGUUCUGGGCGCCGUCUUACGACGAGAAAGUCGUUUUGGAAGCUACUGGCCCGGGGGUAUUCACUGAUGCGGUGUUGGACGGGCUCUCUGAGACGUUGGAUCCACAGCAUUGGCUGGUUAGGCAGUCUGUUGAGGCUGACGAACGUAUUGGCGAUCUGGAUAGUGAGCAGGUGUCGUGGGCGCCGUUUCAUCGUAUCACUCAGCAGGUCUGCGUUGAUGCGGAUGAGGCCCGCGAGGGGGAUAUGGGGGGCUUUUGUGUGCUGCCUGUUAACGUGUGGGGGAAUGGCCAGCGGCAUAGUGGUGCGGAGGGAUUCAGUAGUGCCCAUGCUUGCUUAAACCAUCGGUUUGGGAGGACGUGGAAGAAGGGGUGGUGGGAGUAUCUGGUGGGGUAG